AUGGUCCUACUUUUAGCUGCAAAAUAUAAUAAUCAUCUUGGAGUUGAAAAAUAUUAUAAAUAUUAUCAUAUUAUUAGUUGGGGAGUACCAUUUGUACUUAUAUCGGUUCUAUUUAUAUUGAGAAUAGUAAAACAUGCCGAUUGUUUAACCUAUUCAGAGUUGUAUCCUCAUUUACUUUUCUUUAUACCAUUGGUUGGAUGUUUUAUCUAUAAUAUCGUCGUAUCAGUGUUGGUCACGAGAUCACUCAAACGACAAGGAGUAUCAAAACGAAUCAUGUUUGAUGACUCUGAUUCAGAUGACGAUGAUAGUGUCAGUAGUGAUGAUGAGGGUUCUUCCUUUUCAUCUUCCUCUGUACUAUUGUCUUGGAUUCCUUUUUUAAACAAAAAAUCAUCUUCAACUCAAGAUAUCCCAUCAAAUAUAAGCAAUCAUAAUCGUAAUAAUAAUAAUAACAGACCUAAUAAUAAUAAUAAUAAUAAUAGAACACAUUCAAUACCAUCAAAAUCAUCCUCUUCUUCAACGUCAACUAAAAACAUUAUUCAACCAAUACCAAAAAAUAAUAAGGUCAUAAAAAAAAAUAAUAAUAAUCAUAAAAUUAUAGUAUCAAAUUCAAUAGAGGAUAUUAGAUAUUUAGAUGAAUCAACACCAAAAUUGGUUAGAACAUCGAUUUACUAUUUAAUGUCAUUUGCAAUAUGUUGGAUUUGGCCAAUGAUUGUAGUAUUUUUCUUGACCCUCGAAACCAAGAAUCCAUUACAAUUCAUUUUCCUCACACUCUCGUACAUUUGGGUACCACUUCAAGGCUUUUUAAAUGCUCUCAUCUAUGGUCUACACGAUAUCUUGUGGAGUAGGUUAAAAGAUCGUGUUAGAUCGCAUUGGGGUGACAUUACCAUUAUUUCACCAUCGACAUUGGAUCCAAUGCAAUCUAAACCAUUGAUAGACUCUUUCUACGAGGACGAAGAUGGAGACGAAGAUAAAUUUAUUUUUAAACAUCAAUAUGAUCAUUCAGAUUUUGGUGAUAUAGAAUCACCAACUAUUGAUACCACCAGUAUAAAAUAUUCAAUCAAUUAA